GCAGUCGUUAUAUAACUGACUAGAAUUCGCGCGAAAUGCAGCUUCUUCAAGCUUGUCUUCUUGCUACCGUCGUCUCGUUGUGUGUUGGCGCUGCAUUUUUUGACCAAACAUCAAAGUCUUCAAAAUCGAGUACGGAUAACAUUCAAUCUAGUGUGAAAGGUUCCAUUAUCAAGAAAAAACCGACGGUCCCUCAGAGCAGUGGAAACGGUGCUACCCUACAAAGACAAACUACAUCAGUAGGCGGAAAGAAAAUUAGACGUCCGCCCACUAUCUCUAAUAAUCAACAUCCGUCGUGUUCCCCGUACGUCUACCGCAUCCAGCUGACACACGGAAAUUGCUCUCGUACUAUCCACACUAAGAUGUGCUACGGGAAAUGCAUUAGCUAUACGCUUCCUGACAAACAGACAUUUUCUACGCCUCGGAAAGCUCUAAGCGGCGUCGAGGACGCUUGCAACUGCUGCAAGUCGACUCGGAUGUCGAUCAAACGUUAUUCCAUAAAGUGUGACGUCGUUGCAAGAGGGCAGCAGAAAACAAAGACAUUCUACGUUCCUAGCGCUGAAGGCUGCUCGUGCAGGCCGUGCUCCUAAACGUUUGUGAUAAACGAAAACACUUGGAGUUAGAACAGAACUACAUAGUAUCUAUUGUGGGUGCGCGCGAAUUUCAAUUUUAUUGUUGUUCUCAUUUUAUUUAUGAAUGUUAGAUGAAUGUAACAGGAAAGCUUUUAAUUGUUUUAUUUAGACAUAUGUAUUUGUCUCAGUGACAGUUUUCUAUAUUUUUAAAUUGAGUAAAAGUUUGUUGAAAUUAAAUAUAUUCUGGUUU